ACAACUGGAUUGGCGCGAUCACCAGCAUGGUUGUCAUCGGCUUAGUGGGCCUUGCGUGCAUCAUGUUGAUCCCAGCCCUGAAGAGGAGCCAGUACUAUGAUCAGGUGAACCACUUCCUCCUCGCCCUGGCUGUUGGUACCCUGGCUGGAGACGCCUUGAUUCAUCUUCUGCCGCAUGCCAUCAGCAUGGAAGCACCCGAGGUAGCAACCCUACCCUCUUGCAUUCCUUCUACGGCUUCACUGCCCUUGGUGGCAAUUGUCGAUCUCUUCCUGUUCCUGGAGCGCUGUCACAACCUCUUCUGUGGACACGCCGGCCAUGGCCAUGGGCAUAGUCAUGGCUUGGGGGCUUGA